AUGGCUGUUAGCAUCAAAAUUCACGACCUGUCCAAUUUGAACGAUUUGGUGGCCAUCAUUGAGUUAGAGGAUGACAUCAACGACUUUAGCCAGGGUCCAGAGUCGGCAAACCGUUCCCUCACUCCCACCAACGGUCUUUCGUGUGCCCUUGAUUGGUCCCAAGAUGGCCAACUUCUGGCGGUAGUUUCGCCCAGACAGAUUCUGCAUGUCUUCCUCAGUCAACUACCCAUGCUCUUCUCUGUCUCGGCCAACGGUCUGGUGGCCAGGUUGACCUCUCUCCUCGAAGUCACCAUCGAGCCCCUCUUUCCGGAAUUGUCCAAUCCCAACUGUGAAAAUUCACGUGUUCUAAUAGUGCGAGCGGAGCCAAACUUCAUUGCCAUCGGACCGAAUCAUGUGGCCGUUGGAGUAGACAACCAGGCCUGGUUCUACGAUAUUUCCGGCAAAAACGAUUUCGAACUCGUCGAUGACCAUGAGUACAACGCUAUGGUAGUAAAAAUGCGUUUGAAUGGAGAAUACGCGGCAGUGUGCUUUGCUGAUGGACGCGUGUUGCUUCAUUGGAUUGAUCCGAAGAAAUUUCCGGCAAAAAUGCAGCAGAUUGCAGUUGUGGCAGCCACAGGCGCCCAGGGAUACGGCGACAAAAACAAGGGUCAGACCCUCGCGGAUAAACUGAUGCCAUACGCCACACGUCAACAAAAGACUUUCGCUGAACCAGUUCAGGAGGGCUCGCGAAUCACUGACAUUGAAUUGACUGAGCAGCACUUUAUCUACUCCACAUCGGCGGGUGCGUUGGUUCACUUUCUUUUGGAUGCCUGGGUUGUCAUAAAUGAGUACAAGCACAUAAAUCUUAUCCAGUCCAUCUUCGCCAACAAGGCUGGCACUCUGGUAGCCUUUAUCGACGAACGUGGGGGUGCCUUUAUUUUUAAUCCGGUAAGCCGCUUGCCAUGCUGCUCCUGGAUUUUUGUUUAA